AUGGCUACAAAUGAGGUGGCUGUCCCCGCUAUGGGCAAUAGCGGCAUAAGUAAGACAGACAAUAAGUCCACCGCAGAACCAGAAACCCCAGAGGGACCAACUGACAGCCAUGUGCUGUCUCAAGUCGACCAGGAUGAGAAAGGUCUAUCCCAAAAAGCCGGUGAGACCGCAGCAAUUACCAAUAUCGGAUGGGGGGAAUCCCCUGAUGCCAUUGAGGAGCCUCUAGUGGCCGGGCUUUCUAAUGAAGACCUGUGGAUGCUCAUCAGACGAUUCGACAAGCAAGUUUACAGAGUCAAAGCAGUGCCUGAUGCUCCACUCCAGAGACUUGAUCUUACGCGAACGGAUGAUGAUGAAUUCUCGCCGGAUAAACUCAGGGCAACACUCGAACGCUUUUAUGUCACCGUGAUUGUUUACCUUGCAUCAUGGCUCCUUGAUCUGCUCAUUCCAACCUUGCUGGCGACCUUGCUUGCCUUGGUGGUCUACCCACCAUGUCGGACAGUCAUGUUUCCCCCGGCACCAAUCGCUCUUGUCAACAAAGACACAGGCGGCGUACAAAAGCCUAAAGCGGGAAUUCUUGGUUCUCACGACAGCAUCACUGGAGCACCCGAGAAAUUCAAGGGCGAGGCAGCUGAGCAAGAGGCUAGCAACUUGGUAGCAAGUGUCGCUAGUGUUGCCGUAGGCAGCGCAGUAGGAAAGCACGAUCAGGGCGUUCCUGAAGACGCACCCUUUGAAGAUGAUGUGCCGGAUGCGAUGGAUAUCGUUGCCAAUACCGCCGAUGCGCAAAGCGCUGCUCAUGGCAGAGUGCCAUCGGACUCGCACGACAAAACCCGACAACCUAUGAAGCAAAGUGUGAUGGACGCGGCCAACUUUUCGAUGCAGGUGAUCAAUGAUAUCACAGAUACUUAUGAAAAGAUGGGCAAUGCUCUCUCCGCAACAGCCCCAUUUCCACGCUUGAGUCCCCGUCUGCGCCUAGCAGCGGUGCUGGGGCCGACUUGCCUGAUCUCAUCAAUAACGUCCAGUUAUGUUGUGAUGAAGCUAAGCACGCUUUUGAUUGGCUUUGUCUUCUUUGGAGACCCCGUCAUCAGACGCGGGAUCAAGUACCUGAAUCGUCGGUUUCCGAAAUGGCAGAAGAUUAUCGAGCUACAAAACUCCCUGCUCAAAGGUAUCCCAACCAAUGCUCAAUUGGCUGUCACUCUUCUCCGCAUCGGCGAGGCCAAUGCGUCCCCCUUGCCACCCCCUCCAAUAUCACAGGACAAAGCACCUUCACGACCAGCCUCUUUACACAACGAAGAGCUAACGCUGGGAGCUACUGACGAUGAAAUCAAACAAGCCGCACUAGUCAAGCCUAACGAUGGUCAUCAUGUCCGAGACAUCAAAUCACCACAAGAGAAAAGCCACAAAAAGACACUAGCAUCGGGGAUCCUAGGAUUUUUCCGGGGAACCACAGCAAGUGGCGUCGAAAGCAAAAGGGGACUCGAUCGUCUGCGAGCAACCAUUGGCUCCCACCAGGCCAAGAAUCGUGUCGGUGUUCUACGCCAAAAGGGAAAGAUGAUCACACCAAUUGGUCCUGUGGCAUUUGGCGCCCGAUACAACGGCAAGCGCGGCACUGCGAUCAUUGACUCAACCAAGGAGCCUCCUUUACUCUACUUCACGACUGACACACCGCAAAAUGGAGACGUGCAGGUGGAGAAGCAUAAGGCUGAAUCCAUACUGUUUACCAUGCCAGUGACUGAAAUUCAGGAGAUGAGGAAGCUGGGUGGCAUGGGUUGGAAAGGGAAGCUUGUGGUUGGCUGGGCUCUUGGUAGUAAAGAAGUUGUGGAUGGUCUACUUAUCACUGGCAAGAAACCAGGGCAGACAUACCGACUUACUGCUAUGGGCACGAGGAAUCAGCUUUUCAAUCGGCUUGUAGCAAUCGACGGACAGGUUUGGGCGACAUGUUGA